AUGUCUACCAUGGAGUCUCACAAUAGCGGCUUUGAAAAGGGCCGCAUCCUGGAUGGCCGCUUCCUCUCAGUGGCCGCUCUCAACUCGGGGUCAUUCGGCUUGGUCUUCCUCGCCAAAGAUAUCAAGACCCACCAGGAUGUUGCUAUUAAGUGUCUAGCCAAGACGCUCUCUUCAGAUCCUUCAACACCUUUCCCAAUGGAUGAUCGAUUUGAAGAACUCGAAUGCCACCGCCGUUUUGGACGCCACCCUAAUCUGGUCAAUUUGAUCCAUUCAUUCGACACUGAGACUCACAUGUACUUGGUCCUGGAGUACUGCGCCAAUGGUGAUUUAUAUGAGGCCAUCCGUCUCAACCGUGGUCCACUUGAGACUGAGCAUGUACGCGACUUCAUGCUGCAGCUCAUCGAUGCCAUCGAGUACAUGCAUGCCAAGGGCCUCUAUCAUCGCGACAUCAAACCCGAAAACAUCUUGCUGACAUCUGACGGUUCGAUGAAGCUCGGUGAUUUUGGUCUUGCCACGAGUGACAUCUGGUCCCACGAGGCCUGUGUGGGCAGUGAUCGUUAUAUGGCGCCUGAGCAAUAUGAGCCAACUUCUUCAGGUUACUCGCCUGCACAGGCAGACAUCUGGUCCAUUGGUAUUUGCUUGUUGAACAUUCUGUUUUCUCGCAACCCUUUUAUUACUCCCACGCAAUCCGAUGUGCUAUUCUUAGACUACGUCCGUGACCGCCAGUCACUGUUUGACAUAUUCCCCAACAUGUCUCAAGAUACUUAUGAUAUUCUCACCCACUCAUUGGCUCUUGACCCUGAGAGGCGCUCCUUGUCCGAAGUGCGCCAGUGUAUUCUGCGAGCUGUCUCUUUCACCACCGACGAUGAGUCAUUGGAUGAGUUCUGCACUGAGGACCGCGAGGUUGUCGCCGCCAGCGCCAACCGCGAGCCUCUGCGUACUCCUUCCCUCCAGAGCCCUCAGAUCAACCAUGGCGACUCCUUCCCUUGGGCCAAGGCUUUGCAGUCGAGUCCCGCUAUGGCCAAUCGCCAGCUCUCUGCAAUUCCUGAUAACGAGAGCUACACUGAGGAUCUGUUCCCUCCCUCUGAAGUGGCUGGUACCUCAUGGUUCUCAACCCAUGACAAUCUAUCCAUGGCUUCCGUCCUCGAAUCUGCUUUAAGUGAAUCCAUUCGCUCGCUUCACAUCCCUCAGCACAAGCGUGUCAAUCUUCCUCGAUCUGAUCCCGUGCCCAUCACUGGUUCUCUUCCUAGUCAUGCGACGAAGCCUUUACCAUCUUUGUCAAUGGUCUUCGGAAAGGACUCCACCGAUCAGAUCUCCAAGAGCUGGAGCGACCUGUGGGAUGAAGAGGAGGAGUCGGAGAAUGAAGAGAUCGGUCUCCAGCAGCGCCGUGAGCAGAACUCUCGCAGCUGGAGUCAAGAAAGCCAGGAUGCCCACAUGCCGGGUAACAUUUUGGAAAAGCGCGAGCUGGACUCCGCUUCUGACAACCGACCUCACACUCCAGUCACUCAACUGAUCGCCCCCCGCGCCAUUGGAGCUGACUCUUUGGAAGCUGACAGCGAUGCUGGAACUUCUAGCAGCACGCCUCGCCCUAUUCCUCGACAACUCUCGCUCAAGAAAUCCGACGUCGACAAAUGGGCUGAAUUGGGUGACAAGCGACGCAACUGCAAAACCCGUGAACCCUUCGGUCCUCAGCGUGCAGCCCACAAUUGGCGACGCGAUUGGGGCCUUGGCUCUUCUGGGUUUGACCAUGGAUCGCGCCCUAAGCGCGAAUCUCCUCAGAUCGACCGUCGCCGCAAUGUCUUCCUCAAGAAAGACUGGCGUCGUGAACAUGCGGACCUUUCCAAGCUUUCCCCAACUAAGCCUUCCUCCUAUGAUGGCAGUGUUGACGAAGACCUCGACCUUGUGGGUGGAUGGCAUGAUCUCCACCUGUAG